AUGGGAGGACAGAAAAUUGGGAACAGGAAACAGGGAGAAUGGGAAAUGGGAGAACAGGAGAUGGGAGGAAGGGAGGAUGGAAAAAUGGGAUACUGGGAGACAGGAGACAGGAGACAGGAGACGGGAGACGGGAGACGGGAGACGGGAGACGGGAGACAGGAGACGGGAGACAGGAGACGGGAGACGGGAGACGGGAGACGGGAGACGGGAGACGGGAGACGGGAGACGGGAGACGGGAGACGGGAGACGGGAGACGGGAGACGGGAGACGGGAGACGGGAGACGGGAGACGGGAGACAGGAGACAGGAGACAGGAGACAGGAGACAGGAGACAGGAGACAGGAGACAGGAGACAGGAGACAGGAGACAGGAGACAGGAGACAGGAGACAGGAGACGGGAGCAUGGGACACAGGACACAAUCGGAGAUGGGAAGCAGGGAAAAUGGGAAAAUAA